GUAGUGUAACAGUAGCAGGGCUGUGAAAGGAAGAGGCCUUCAUUUUGCUUGUGAUCAAUACUACAGCAUACACCUGGACAUGAUACUUGUAAUAAUGGGAGUGUGCGGGAGUGGGAAGACAACUGUGGGGUCAUGUCUUGGAAAUAAGCUGGGAUGGACGUUUUAUGAUGCAGAUGACUAUCAUCCCAAGGGAAACAAAGACAAGAUGUCAAGUGGAAUACCCCUAAAUGAUCAGGACAGGAUACCUUGGUUACAGAUUUUGCAUGACAUAAUAAUAAGGGAAUGGUCUUCAGGAAGAAAUGUAAUCCUAGCCUGCUCUGCCUUGAAAAAACUAUACAGGCAGAUAUUGGCGAUGGGGUCUGAGAUUCUAGAUUCCAUUACUGAUGAGAAGUUCCCAAGUAAAGACAUGCUGUUUGUGUUCCUGCAUGGGACCAUAGAGCUCAUCACUAAGCGGCUUGCAGCACGGAAAGGGCAUUACAUGGCAGAAAAUUUAAUACAGUCCCAGUUUGAUGCACUGGAGCCACCAGCUGAACCCGAGAAUUUCAUUACUGUGGAAAUAGCAAAAAGCACAACCGAAAUUAUGGCUGAGAUUGAGAAUGCUCUUUGUAACCAUGGAAACUGUUUGAGUUGACUGCACUGAGAGGACAGCUGGCACACCAACAAAUUAAUUAAAUUCUGAGUGACAUCGAGUGACUGCAACCUUUAAGCUCAGUUAUGAAGUUUAAUAAAGUUUAUUUUUGAACAUUGAAUGUAUCCCCUCCCCCCUCCCCCGGCUGGCUGAAGAUGUGAUCACCACUGGUAUGUACUUAAUUUUAUGGUACCUACAUAUGUUGCUCCUGUUAACGCAACGAAAAUGGUGUCAAUUUACAAUCCUUGUUAGAGUGAAAAUUUGGGUGCUGUUGGUUUGGUAGUAAUACAUACAAUGGCUUUUAUAACACAUACAAUGGCUCUCAAAAGUAUUCACCCCCCUUGGACUUUUCCACAUUUUAUUGUGUUACAACAUGGAAUCAA